AGUCGCGCUGGGCUCGCGCUCGGCUGAGCAGCCUCCUUCGCGGGCUCCGGACUCGAUUUGCGCUCAUCCUUGGCGUGCUGCUUUUCCCUCAGCGCCUGGAAAAGGAAAUUCCACAGACUUGACAGGUUUGCGUAACGCUCGCAGAUCGGGCGGAGCUCCGCUAAAUUGUGUGUGUGUGUGUGUGUGUGUGCGCGCGCGCGCGCGCGCAUUGGGAAAGAGCUUACGACAACGCACCAUCAGCUGUAUCGUCAUGACGUCGAUGCUCUUCUGGAGCUCGUGCAGCUUGGCCAGCAGCUGCUCGUUGGCGGCCUGCAGAGCGGCGACGCUGGCCUUCUCCUUGGCCAGGCUGUCCCGCAGUUGCCGCUGUUCGCUCGCCUGUUCGCCGAGCCUGCGCCUCGACUCGGCGUUCUCCUGCUCGACACGGCCGAAUUGCGAGCUCAGCUCGAGCAGUUCGCUGUUGUGCUGCUUCAAGAUGGCCAACUCGCUGCUCAGGUCCUUGAUGCGCUCGUCCCGCUCGCGCGCUUGCACCUCGGACUCCCGGUACUUGGAUACGCUUGCCUCCAGCUGGGCCACCUGGCGUCGCUCGGCCGCAAGCUCCGCGCUCGCUUGCUUCUUCCUUCUGCGGACAACAAAGACAGAAAGUACACGUGCAUCGGACUGUCAGAUAUAUUGCCUCUUUAUUAAAAGUUUCACGAAUAAAAAGUAUAUUCCUAUAGUCGGUUGGGCUCGAAAGCCUAGUCGUACUUGUUGGACUCUUCGAGCAGGCUCUUCAGCUGGAAGAUCUGCGCGUUGAGCAUCUCGUUGGCGGUCUGUGCGGCGACGAGUUUCUCGUUCUGCUGCUUCAGCUGUCGCCAAAGCCUGAUGUACUCGACGUUCUCGGCGACUUUUGUGCGCCGCUCACCGGACGCGUAGCUCGCCAACUCCAGCUCCAGCUCGGCUAUGCGCGACAUCAUGUCCUUCUUCUCCGUCUCGAUUUCCUAUAUGUUCGGAUCAGCAUAGAGAGACAGCUACUCCGAGCGCGCGCAUAAUACUUAGCCGUGCCACGCGUACGUACCUGCAUUUUGAGAGAGUAGUUCUGGACGUCAUGCUGCAGGUCGGUUGCGGGCCGCGCAUUCCUGCACUGACGAGCAGUGGUAGGCGAAGCCUUCGGCCGGCCGCUCUCUGCACUCCGACAGGUACUGGAACAUGGAAUUAUCGCGAUAUUAAGGUGCAGCCAAUCGAUGAAAGGUGCAGUGAAAAUCGAUGAGCGCAUACAUCGGUCCCGAGGCCGCGGAUCCGUUCACGAUCCUCCUUCCGCGGCUCGACGAUCUCCCAAAGAUUUUGUGGUUGACCAGCUGACUCCUCAGCAGGCUGAUCUUGUCUUUGAGCUGAAAAUGGCCGAGACAUAUGACAAAUAGCGCCGCAAAUACAUGCCUGCAAGUAUUUCGAACGCAACCAACCUGGGCAUUCUCGGCUUCCAGCAUCGAAAGCCUCUCCUGCUCGUCAGCGGCUAUGGCGAGGUCGAGGCAAUUCCUCGGAUUCGACCCAAAUCUCGCGAGCUUCGUUGCCAACCGCUUGAUCUUGUCCUCCUGGCCAUUGGACAGCUUCUUCAGCGAGCGCACCUCCUCGAGCAGUCGCAGAGUUUAUCGGGCUUUGCAUACUGCAAUUUCAUGCGAACCUAUGAGGCUGCAGCAGCGGCAGGUGUCGGCGCACGAGGAGGAGGCGGUCUGCUCGUUCGUCACGGGAUGAUGCUGCAUCGCGCUCUCCCGACCGCUGAAAAAUUGUCGCAAUUGCCAGUCAGGUAUAUAGGUAGGAGGCGCACCCGCGCACGCGCGCACCACAUCAAAUGUGAUGUGUUGGCGGGCGCGGGCCGCGGGGCGCACAUCAGCAUUCAGCACUACAGAGUAUACAGCUAGCAGCAGCGCUGGCCAGCGAAGGCAAGAUGGCGGCGGACGGAGAUGUCGUGAUUCCUGACCAGGAAAAAGUUCGGAUAGUGUCGGAUUUCAUCCUGCACUCGCCACCGGGUGAGUUCAACGAGGUGUUCAACGAUGUCCGAGUCCUGCUCAGCAACGACAAUCUCCUCAAGGAGGGCGCCUGCGGGGCCUUCGCCCAGUACAACAAAGAUCAGCUCAUGUCGGUUAAGAUCGAGGGCAGCGACUAUCCAGUUCUGAUAACAGAGUACAACGACUUGGGCAACCAGAGGUUUUACGACCCACGCAGCAAGCAGAGUUUCAAGUACGAUCAUCUGAGAAAGGAAGCCCAGGAUUACGAGCCCUAUGAACCUGAUGCGACUGCUGAGCCGUGGAGGUCUGCCUUGCAGGAAGAGAUGAUCGCCUAUACCCAGAGCCACUACCGGCACGGCUCCUGCUCCGUCUUUGCCAAGAGUCAAGGAGACAACGUCACUUUGACAGCUUGCAUAGAGGAUCAUCAGUUCCAGCCCAAGAACUUUUGGAACGGUCGUUGGCGCUCUGUGUGGACAUCGAGUUUUAGCACAAGUUCCGGGACUGCAGAGUUGAAGGGAAGCUUGAAAGUGCAGGUUCACUACUACGAAGAUGGCAAUGUUCAGCUGGUCAGUAGCAAGGAGGUAAAGGAAAGCUUACCAAUAUCUUCGGAAAAGCAGACUGCUAAGGAACUGAUAAGACUUGUGCAAGAGUCAGAGAAUGAUUAUCAGACAGCAAUUUCUGAAAACUAUCAAACAAUGUCGGAUACAACGUUCAAAGCGCUGCGCCGACAGUUACCUGUUAUGCGAACAAAAAUCGACUGGAAUAAAAUCGUAUCUUACAGUAUUGGCAAAGAGCUCAAGAGUCAAUAGGAUUAGAGUUUUUAUAUAUAAUUAAGAAAAGAAUUAUUAAAGCGCGCACGCGCAUUUUCGUUGCAAAAAAGUCUGGAGGUGUUUUUGCAUGGGAGCAAAUGUAACAUUACUCAGUGUAAUAAGCUAUUUGGUCCAAGCUCACUUGUGCACCAUGCCUCAAAUUCAGUCGUCCUAGCAUUUUUCAAAAUCAAACUGCAUAGGAUAAACUGCUCCUACAAAAAAUAGUCACUUCGAUUGUACAUUUUAUAUGAAAAUUACUACUUCCUUGUGCCAGGCACGAGUCUUGUUCCAAGUUACAAAGUGCACGUUGAGCUAAACAAAAUAGAACUGGAUACUCUAUAUGUCACUUGAAAACAUUGUGUACGUAUGCAUUUAAGACUCAGUCCACAAGUAAAUAUCAAAUGAUGGGUAGAUAAAUAAUGGCAAACUGCCCAUUGGCAUUUUUUUUUAUCACUUUCUCAAUGAAAUGAAUGUCAUAAAAUUAUUACAAACCUAAUCUUAUGCUUUGUUCACCUAUUCAAUUUUUUAACAACCAAUUUCUAUGCAACUAUUUUUUUACUAAACUUUUAUGAUGAUUAUUAAUCUAUUGAUCAUUUUGUGCUAAGUAGAGAAGCAGCACGUGGUCUCUUUUGGUGCUACUGCAUACCAUAGCAUUGCACAGCCAGACACUGAUGUGGCAGAGAAGAAAAUUUCAAGUACACCGAAAAUUGUACAUUGUAGAAAAUAGCCUAUAACCUACUGGAGCCUUAAUCUGUUCACAUUUUGUGUUGAUAGGGUAUUGUGUAUAUAUGUUGAUGAUAUAUAUAAAUGGAUACGCAAUAGCGUUCAACUUGACACAUUAUAGAACUCGUUAUGCGCUACAUGAUGAUAUUGAGAUCUAGUUGUUUAACGACAUCCAACUAGCAAAGCGCUCAACUUGUUGACCGUAUUAUUCCAGAGUAUUUCAGGAAGAGAAAGGACAUACCUGUCCAUUCCCAGAGACUUGGUAUUACGCAUGUAAAUUAUAUAAUAAUGAACUACAAAAAUAAAUGUUGCGAAUCUUAUCAAAUGCAACACAUGAUAGUUGCCUACUAUGAAUGAAAUUUUAGUAUUUUACCUACAAUCAAGUAACAAUUAUAUUUAUAUCAUAUAAAAAUUACACAAAAUAUGUUUAUGGUUUGAAUUACGCAUUAUUGAAUGUUAUUAUUGAGCAAAUAAAGUGAAAGACACUUUAAUAUGUACCUGUGUAAUUAUAUUACACAAGUUUUUCUUAAACUUGAUAUUUUUGCAUCUUGUUGUAAUAUUAUUUUAAAUGCAAAUUAUAUAUUAAGAUCAUGUUAAUCAAGGGUGAUUGUAAUACACAUAAACUUUUAAUUUCUGAUAAUAUUUUAAGUAAUAAAGUUUUAUAAAAUUUA